GGUCCCGCCCUCGCGUGGUACCGCGGUCCGCGCCGCUGUGCAUCAGACGCCGCGUUGAUUCAACUAGAAGGAACUCUGAGAGCGCUGAGACUGCGGACUGAAUCAUGGCAGAGGAAGUACGGGACAUCUUUGGGAAUAGCACCGUUUCCCGCGGACUUCUACCUUUCUUCGGACUUCUGUUUUGCGUCUACACCGGUGUGUGGGCCAAUGAGGUCCUGGUUCCAGAGCAUGUGACCGCUGUACUGGGAAAGAACGUCACAUUGACCUGUAAGGUGAGAGUGAGCACCAAUCUCAGCCUGACGCAGAGUUCCUGGGAGCGCAAGCUGCCCUCUGGCACUUUCACUUUGGCCGUCUUCAACCCACAGUACGGGAUCUCCAUAGCUGACAAUUACAGCAAUCGGGUGCACUUCCUCAAGCCUUCAGUGCAUGAUGUGUCCAUCAUCCUUGAGGGUGUGGGCUUUGCAGACAUUGGGACGUACACAUGCAAAGUGGUGACCUUCCAACUUGGAAACAUGCAGGCCUCUACGAAAGUGGACAUUAUGGUGGAGCCCAAAGUCUAUGUGUCUCCCGGCUCUUUGUCUCUGCUGGCUGGAGAUGGUGAAACUCUAGUGGCCACCUGCACAGCUGAACGGGGUCGCCCGGCGUCGGAGGUCCUCUGGAUGACAGACUUGGAUGGCCAGACAGAUGUCAUGACGCACGAGGAGACCGAUGGCACCACCACCACUUUAGCUCAUUUCAUCUGGGCUCCCACCCGUGAGGGCUUCGGCAGUGCCCUCAGCUGCAUCGUCCGUCACCCGGCCCUAUCCACAGAAUUCCGCAUACCAUAUCAGCUCAACAUACUGUUUCGUCCAGAUGUUGUGGUGGUGGGCCUACAGGAGGCGUGGUAUGUGGGACAACGAAAUGUAAAGUUGGACUGCAAAGCCUCUGCCAACCCACCUGCUCAUGUCUUCCUCUGGACCAGGUUAGACGCCCCAAUGCCUGCAGGUGUGGACACAUCUAAUGGGAGCCUAAUGUUUACUCGGCCUUUAGAGCAAAACGACUCUGGACAAUAUAGGUGUGAAGUUCAGAACGAUGUUGGGCAGAGCUUUCAAGAUGUUCGCAUCUUGAUAAAAGAACCACCACCAACCACUGCGAUCCCCACCACCCAGUCCAACUUGCCCAAAAGCAGCUUAACCAUUACAGCUCCUGUCAAACAACAAGACCAUUUCACCUUUCCAAGUGAAGCUUCCACACCACACAGCAGUCUGGGUACGGUUGUGGGUGGUGCCAUCGGCGGGAUCCUGGUUUUGGUGUUGCUAACGGCACUGGCGGGAGUCAUCUACAUGCGUCAGCGGCGAACAUUCCGAGGCAACUACUACACCAAGCAGUACAUAGGCCCGUCCGACAUCCAGAAAGAGUCGCAGUUGGAUGUGCUUGAACCACAUGAGCUCCGGGACGUGUACGGAGACGAUUCGGGCAAUGGCAGCCAAGAACUAAAGCCCAAAAUCGACGGAGAUAUUAUUUAUCCUGAUUACGGCAGUGACCAUAAAGACAUCGAGGGCUGGAGCGACAAUCUUAGCCUUCAGAGAGAGGAAACGUAUUACUCGGACCACCACAACAGUCACAACGUGAACCCCAGUGGGCCACCUCUGCACAACGGCUCCCCCUACCUGCAAGACGAGUGCUGCAAUAACGGCACAGACAGCGAUUACGUGUCGCACGUAGACGGCUCUGUGAUUUCACGCAGGGAGUGGUAUGUUUGAAAACAAGGGGGUCAAGGAACUUUGGACAAUGGGUUAUUUAAAUUGAACGGAGAAAGUAUUAUUUAACUCGGUGUACAUUAUGAACGAAAAAUGUAAUACUCUGAGCUCCAGGUUUUUCGAUUUCAUCCUCACGUUUAAUACGAAGCGAAUGGCUGUAAUUUACUGCAAAUACAUGUAUGUUUUGGAUGAUUUUGUCGCAUGUAUUUCUGUCAGACUUCAGGAUGUAAAGAGAGGGGUUUACUUGGUUUAUGAUCACAGGGUGGACUUACACAAAUAAGUCUGCCAAAAUGAAGCUGCACUCAGUGAGUAACCGUUCCAGUUACCGCAUUGCACAUGACUGUUAGCUUUCAAACCAGGUGCAGUAUAUUCUUGGUCCUGUCCUCUCUCGCUGUUUUUCUUGACAUUUACAGCAUAUGACUUCUCCAGUAAUCGGAGCAAUGGAUCACUUUAGUUUCAUGUCAAUAUGAGUUUGAAAGGCGUAUAGUCAGAGUCUUAUGUUUUGACUGCAGGGAAUCCUUUUGCAUAGGAUACAUGGUGCAGAAAUCAUUUUCUUAAUCAGUAUUUUUGUGUUUUUAAUCAUGUUAUCUAAAGAUUCUCAAAAUUUGGUACUUGGAAAACACAAAAUGUAAGCAUAAAAAUACAUAAUGACUUUUUCUACAACAAAUUAAGAACAUGAUUGCAAAAAUAAUUUCUUACUCAAUAUUUUUAUCUUGGUUUUUAGAACAAAAAUGUAAAUAUUCUUAAAUCAAGAUCCAUUUAAAACAAUUCUUUAACAAUUAAGCGAGCUUAAUGCCAGUGGGGUAAGAAAAAGAAACUAUUCCCUUUUAAUUAAGUUAAUUUCUCUUUCCCCUUUGGCAGAUAUUUUCUCUCGUUUUAAGCAUAAAACUUAAUUAAUUUUGAAUUAAGUAAAACAACACAUUUUAUCUUACCUGCUUCUAAACUAUGUAUUUGAUUAAAAGGAAGACAAUCCUGUCAUUUUAUAUACAAAACACUAAAGAUAUUUUGAAAAAUGUUGGUAACCAAAAACUGCUGGUCCCCAUUGACUUCCAUUGUAUUGCCACAAAAUCAAUGCAAGUAAAUUAGGGCUUUCGCACCGCAGAACCGAUUUCACAGUUCCGGGACGAUUUGCUGGAAGUACCUGCUUUUUUUUGGAAUUUUAGUUUGGGAGAACCUUUUGGGACUUAUUUCCAAAAAAGCCAGGAUCUAAACCUGCUGGAUAGGAAUGAACCACGACGUAAGCAAACGCUGAUUGGCCGAACACUUUGUUCCUGAACUUAUCCGGUCUGAAAGCGCCUAAAGGGGACCAACGGUUUGGGGUGAACUAUCCCUUUAAGAACUCUUAAAUAUAUGUACUGGAAAACAAGACAAACAUACCGAGUAAGAAAUUCAUGUUUGCGGUUUAUUUAUGUACAUGAGUAGAAAUACAGCAUGGUUUACUCUACGGUUUAUUUUUAACCCAGCUGCUUUAUAUUUUGACGCAUUUCAACACACACCCUUCUCAUAGUAAUCUGCUUUUCACCAGUGUUUAAGUUAGAGAGCAAUCAGACUGCUUCUGAAAGGGCGGUUUAAUGUGGCUGUAUUGAAGACCUGUCGUGGGGUGAGGGGACGGUUGACGUCCGCUGUGACAGAUCAAAAGAACCACGGUCUGCCCCUGAGGUUUCACCGAAGCCUUGCGGCAUCUGACAAUUUAGAGCAACCCUUUUAAUUUUACGCUGAUUUCUUAUUUCACUCCAACUCUCCACCCUUGCUACUCCCAAUGCUUCAGAUUUCCCAGAAUAAACUGUCUGGCUCGCAUCUGCUCAAUGAUCUAACUUUAUAAUUAAUAUUCUCUGUCCUCCUGCAAACGGCACUCGUUUCACCAGAUCUCGGAGAAGUCCAAAGCAUCUGUUUGCAAGCAAGGGAGAUUCUUUUUACUCUAUAGGCCACGACGGACGUGUGUAACAUGCCUGUUGCUUUGAUUCAUUGUUCAUAAAUCUAAUGCGUUGUUUCCACAGCUGCGUCUUCCUAUAUAGUGUUCAAGUAAAAAUUUCAGUUCCUUGUCUUUAAAAUAUUUGGGGCAAUUAACAAAAAUGUAGUCUUAUCUCAUACAUGAUAUGCUGGAGUUGAACAGUUUUUGUUUAGUUUUUAAUACAUUGCAGAUUCAUGCGUGUAACUUUAUUAGUGCUUUACAUAAUGGAGUUACGGAAAAAUUGACUACAAGUGUUUGUUUCCUUCUUGCUUACUUUUGUAUAAAGUAUGUAUUUACAAGCAUAGUGCCUUUGGCAGAAUGAAAACCAUCCGUCUGUCACUAUUUAGUGAAGACAUGCUUCUCUUGUAUUCCUCAAGUGCUGUUUGAGUUUGUCAUUUUCUCAAAGUUUUUUUAUUCUUGUUGAAAGUUUGAAAGCACCUAAAAUGUUGAGAUCUCACUGGAAAUUUGAAGCUUUUAGCGCUUUCAAGUGUUCAUGUUGGCCAGUUGCAGUACAUAUUACUAUUUGUAAAUAUUUUGCUGGGAGAUAUUUGUCUAUGAAAUAAACAUAUUUUUAUAUGAGGCUUGAAAACAUUCAAAUGUUCACAUUUUGUUAUGCUUUUUUCCUUCCCGUGUUCUUUUUAAUAUUUAGUUCUCAGGAGUUUAAACAAUUAUUUUGUACAUGUUAGAGUUAUUCAGAUGUACUUUUGAUUUAUUUUGGACAUAAGGGAUGGAUGUUGCUUUGUUUUUGAUGCCUUCUGUUUAUAAUAAACAGUUUUCUUUGAGA